AUGGAGUUUGCCAUGGUGGGCGCGGACGGCGGGUGCAACAGUCACCUGCCGUACGGUUAUGCCCAAGCCCGCGCACGGGAGAGGGAGCGCGAGAGGGAGCGCCAGGCUGCUGCCCAGUCGCGAGCGGCGGCUGCAGCGGCAGCGGCAGAGGGCGGAUGCGGCGCGGAGGGAGGCGGCGGAGGAGGCGGCAGCGGCGGCGGCGGAGGAGCGAGCGCGGGGGGGUCCACCUCCACCUCCACCUCCUCCGGCGCUCAUCUCCUUAACAACCGCCAGCAUCAGUCUCGCGCCGCCUCCUCCUCCGCCAACAUCAGCGGUGCCGCCUCGCGCCCCUCCUCCUCCUCCGCCUCCUCCUCGCAGCAGCAGCAGCAGCAGCAGCAGGAGCCCGAGCAGCAGCACAGACUCCUCAGAGAGCGGAAAAAGCAGCGCGGCGUCGGACGGUGGAGACGCAACCGGAGCACUCUCGGCGGGGACCUGCGCCACUCGGAGCUGGCGCUGCUCGGAUCCGAGGAGGACAUCAUGAUCGAGGAGGAAGAGGCCGAGGGAGCCGAGGAAGAGGAGGACGAGGAGGAGGAGGAGGGCGGCCGGGGCAGCAAGAGGUCGAGCUUUCUGUGCAACAUGGAUGAUGAGGAGGAGACGGUGUCGAUCACCGACCGGCGGCCGCAGUCCGGCUACGAGAACGUGUACAGCGAGUGCGGCUGCUGCGAGAGAGUCGUGAUCAACGUGUCGGGGCUGAAGUUUGAAACUCAGCUCAAGACGCUCACUCAGUUCCCGGACACUCUGCUGGGAGACCCGGACAAGAGAAUCAGGUACUUCGACCCGCUGAGGAACGAAUACUUCUUCGAUCGGAACCGGCCGAGCUUUGACGCCAUCCUGUACUACUACCAGUCCGGCGGCCGGUUAAAAAGACCCGUCAACGUGCCGUUCGACAUCUUCUCCGAGGAGGUGAAGUUUUACGAACUCGGGGACGAGGCGAUCCUCAAGUUUCGGGAGGAUGAGGGCUUCGUGAAGGAGGAGGAGAAGCCGCUGCCGGAGGACGAGUUCAAGCGCCAGAUCUGGCUGCUGUUCGAGUACCCGGAGAGCUCGAGUCCGGCCCGGGGCAUCGCGGUGGUCUCCGUCCUGGUCAUCGUCAUUUCUAUUGUCAUUUUCUGCCUGGAGACGCUGCCGGAGUUCAGGGAUGAAAAAGAGUAUCUACAGCCACGACACAACUCCUCUCAGCCGGACCACGGGUUCACUCCGUUCAACGACCCGUUCUUCAUCGUGGAGACGGUCUGCAUCAUCUGGUUCUCCUUUGAGAUUAUAGUUCGCUUCUUCGCGAGUCCGAGCAAACCCGCUUUCUUUAAAAACAUUAUGAACUCGAUAGACAUUGUCUCCAUUUUGCCUUAUUUCAUAACUCUCGGCACGGACCUGGCGCAGCACCAGGGCAACGGGCAGCAGGCGAUGAGCUUCGCCAUCCUGAGAAUAAUCCGCCUGGUCCGGGUGUUCCGCAUCUUCAAGCUGUCCCGCCACUCCAAGGGGCUGCAGAUCCUGGGUCACACCCUGCGGGCCAGCAUGCGGGAGCUGGCCCUCCUCAUCUUCUUCCUGGUCAUCGGUGUCAUCCUGUUCUCCAGCGCGGUGUACUUCGCCGAGGCGGACGAGCCCACGUCCCAGUUCACGAGCAUCCCGGACGCGUUCUGGUGGGCCGUGGUGACCAUGACCACGGUGGGCUACGGCGACAUGAAGCCCAUCACGGUGGGCGGGAAGAUCGUGGGCUCCCUGUGCGCCAUAGCGGGCGUGUUGACCAUCGCGCUCCCGGUGCCGGUCAUCGUGUCCAACUUCAACUACUUCUACCACAGGGAGACCGACAACGAGGACCAGUCGCCGGUGGUGGAGAGCAUGCCCCCGGGCUGCCCCUACUUCCCGGACUUUCUAAGGAAAUUCAAAGGCUCGCCCUCCGGCUCCUCGCUGGGUGACAAAGCGGAGUACAUGGAGAUGGAGGAGGGGGUGACGGAGUCGCUGUGCGGCCUGGACAAGAGCCCCAGUAAAGGAAACGGCACAGACAUAAGCAGAAAAAACAGUACUAACUCAAAGUCCAUUCAGACUGACGUGUGA